GGAUUGGAGCACCUGCCAUGAUUGGGAGGGGAUGGAGCACUUGAUAUCACCUGUGAUAUGGAGGGGAUUGGAACACCUGAAUCACAUGAUUGGGAGGGGAUUGGAACACCUGAAUCACAUGAUUGGGAGGGGAUUGGAACACCUGAUCACGUGAGAUGGAGGGGAUUGGAACACUGAAUCACAUGAUUGGGAGGCGAUUGGAACACCUGAAUCACAUGAUUGGGAGGGGAUUGGAACACCUGAAUCACAUGAUUGGGAGGUGGAUUGGAACACCUGAAUCACAUGAUUGGGAGGGGAUGGGGACCCCUGAAUCACAUGAUUGGGAGUGGAUUGGAACACCUGAAUCACAUGAUGGCAGUGGAUUGGAACACCUGAAUCACAUGAUUGGGAGGGGAUUGGAACACCUGAAUCACAUGAUUGGGAGG